ACCGGGUCAAGGGGAAUGGUGCCCGAAGUGUAGACCAGGCCAUUGUACUUUAUCGCCUGGGAGUAAGCGCCUACUGCUGCAGGCGCAUUCUUGGUCUCUACGACUUGGAUGGACGAGCUCAUUCUUCUGAUCUGCGCUGGUGAGGAAGUGGCGAGUCGUCGCAAGGUUGUCGCCAUCCGACGGUCGCGUCAAGAUUAGCCUGCCCACUUUAUCGGCUGACCUCACCCAACUUUGCUGAGCUUCCCCAGACGGUCACGAGGACAGGUAUGGCGACUUUCCAGGCUAGGAAGCCAGCUCUGGUCUCUCGCAAGAGUGCAGAGCAAGACGAACAGCCAGCCAGCGCGUUCCAGUCUGACUAUGGCCAAUCACGUUAUCACGCCAGCACGAGCCAGUCUCGAUCGGCCCUUGACCCUUCCCAUCCUCCGUCCUCGCUCCAGCGGGACGUGUACGAUGAGAGCGCAGGUCAGGACCCACGUUGGAUCGUGUUCGACAAGCCCUCGACGGACAGUCACCGUCGACCGAUAGGUACACCUCAGCCGAUCGUGACGAGCCCGCCCAAGUCGAGCAGAGUCGAUCGAGAGCACAGCAGCAGCAGCAGCAGUAGUACGACUUGGCAGCUCAUAGGUGACCAGCGACCUGCCUUUCUUGCCACGAGGGCUCGGGCCUCAUCCGGCGACGACGUGGACAGCCAAGAUGGUCACAGCGAUACGGCCGAAUUGCUGACCGCCGACACGACACUCUCCUUUCCUUCCUUGCCGACCCAUGACGGUAGCGGCAUCUUCCUCUCUGCCCCUCCCCGGUCGGCAGACUCGACCUCAUCCCGUCAGAGCUCCGCCAACGAAUCUGAGCUACCGUCGUUCUAUGCCAGUGCUGCCGGUCUGACGGCUUCCACGGGCGGCUCGACCAGUUGGACGCCUGCUGCCACUCGCACGUCUCGAGCGAACAGGCAUCAAAUCGGCCACUCUGCCGGCCUCUUGAGUGCCAAUGACGAUGACUCCGACUUGCUGUCCUCUGAACGCGAGAGAGCUCUCGAUACGCUUUCGCUCUCCUCAUUUGACGACAUCACAUCCGAUCAUGUACCUCAUGAUCCUCGUCACCGCGAGACCAUCCUCUCCGGCUCAUCCUGGGCACUCACAGAAUCCGCCCUGUCCCAGAUACCCGAUGCCCUCUCGCUGAGCGCUUCGGUACAAGAUCAGCGGGUCUACUAUACCUCGGACGAUUCUGCCGACUCCGAAGAAGAGGACCUGCUCGCUCGGACGCCUCAAGCGCAGUCAGCUGGCAUCUCAGCACUUCGGAGAGACAGAAGGGGUCGACGAGCAGCUUAUCGAAAUCGUCAUGCCCAUCCUGCUCGGGACAGCGUCAAGACGAGCGAUGCAGAGCAGAGUGAAGCGACGCGUGCGCAUCGCUUAGACAGACUGCACUAUCCUACCCCGCCGCCGGAGGAAGAGCUCGAGAUGUCGAGGUCACAGGCCUCUCGUGCUGCCGCCAAGCGUCGCCACAAACGGUCGGGCAUAAGCGAUAAGGGCAGCAAGCGAAGUCAUAGCAGCGCGGCAGAGAACAAGCCUGCCUCCGUCCCCAUUGCAACGCCUUCUGUUGCAUCCACUCGCAAAGCCAAGUUCUCAUUGGGCGAUGUCGUCAACAAUAUGCUCGAUAUCGACCAAGACACCCGCCUUCUCCUUCGUUCGGCAAAUCCUGAGAGCGAGACGCCUACGCCAACUGGCCCCCGACGCAGCCCGAGCCGACGGCGUGUAAGCGAGAGCUAUUCAGCUCGACAGUCUCUCAGCAGUCACAUCGAGCGCGAACGCCCCUCAGACCGCUCGCAUGGUGUAGCACGGCUCUCCUCCUGGGCUACUGCAGAAUUGGGCGAUUAUUCAGGCUACGCCGUUGGCUAUGCUCUCGACGAGGAUGCAGAGAUGGACAGCGGCGAAGAGACCGAGAUCGAAGAUCAACCGGGCCGUGUUCAGCCCGCUAUCGUGCUGAGCGAAUCUGAUAGUCCGACGGCAGUACACCGGUCACAUUCGCUCGUUUCGCUUCCCCGGCAUAUCAUCGAUAGUCUCUAUGCCUCUCUACCUUCUUCGAUGCUGACCUCGCGUGAGGUCGAGAGCGAUAGCACUCAUUCGGGCGGUCAUACCUCACCACUCAAACGCUCAGCCUCUUUUACUUCCGCAGGACGCCCAGCAGCUUCUCAAGCCGAACCUGAUGACCUCGAGUCGGCUGUACUCUUUUGGAAGCGCGUCUUGCGUCGCUUCAGGCCUUUUUAGCCUUCGUCGAGACUCUCAAUUGCAUCUCAUAUCGCUGUCACUAGCGAAAGGUGCAACAUGAGAAUGCAUCUUAC